UUGUACUUUUGACAUCUCAACUACUAAUACUUUUGGAUGUUCUAAGCAAUAGGCUUUAUUUGAUUAUUAUUAAUAUUAUUAUUUAUGACACAACUGCUUUGUAUCACACCCAUUUCACAGAACUCCAGAAAGCAAUGGCCACGUUGAUUACAGUCUUUUACAAAUACUCAGGAAAGGAGAGAGACAAACUUACCCUGAGCAAAGGCGAGCUGAGGGACCUGCUUAGUUCAGAGAUGGGCAACAUCUUAGGGAAAUCUCAGGACAAGCCAGCUCUGGACAAGAUAUUUAAGGAUCUGGAUGCAAAUAAAGAUGGCACUGUGGACUUUCAGGAGUACAUCACCUUGGUUGCCUGCAUCACUAUGUUUUGCAAUGAAUUUUUCCAAAAAUAAAA